AUGAGAAUUAUUAUACAAUUUUAUUAUGAAUUUUUAUAAAAGAAAACAAUUGCAAUAGAAAUAGAAGGUGAAAAUGAAGAUUGUUCUUAUCUUUUAAAAUUAAUUUCUAACAAAAUAGGUUACAAAGUCCAUUAAAUUGUAGCCACAGUAAAAAAAGAUAAUAUAAAUGUAAAAAUAAUAUAAGGAUGGCCAUUAUCAUUUUACGAAAUAAAAGAGAAGACAUAAAUUAAUGUCGAGAUAAGAGAUUUAGACGUAGAAAAAUAAAAAAAAUAAUCAAUGCAAUAAAGCGCAAAAUAUUUGGGAAAAUUAGGUUUAGUAAAAGAUUAAAGAAAAGCCGAAUUAAGCGUAAUAAAAGAAGGAGGUGAUAACGGUGAAGACAAUGAAGAUGAAAAAUGUGGUUCUUUUGAAAGAAAUAAUAAAGAUGCAUUAGUAAAAUAAAAGGAAAACAUUGAUUCCGAAUAAAAUUCUAAAUUAAAAUAAUAUAGUUAAUCUUCAAGUAUGAGUAGUAGUGAUGAAGAAGGUCAAUAAAGACAAUAUGACAUAAGAAAAAUACUCGAUAAUUUUUUACAUUCAUUAAUUAUGGAAACGAUAAAUGGAAAAAUCGAAGAAGUAAUUAAGAUUUUAGAAGCAGUUCCAUCGAAAUUAUCAUAAUAAUAAAAAGAUGAAAUAUAAAAAUCAAAAAGUUAAUACAUUAACCAAUUAGGAAGACAAGGUUGGAAUCCUUUACAUUAUGCAGUCUCUUAUUAACAUAUUAAAAUUGUAAAAGAGCUAAUAGAUAGAGGAGCAAGUCCUAAUAUUCCUAAUAAUUAAGGCUGGACUAGUCUUUAAUUUGCAGUCCAUAGAAAUAACAUAAAUAUUUUAAAAAUAUUACUUGAUUCAAAAGAUUUAGAUCUUAAUUAUGUAACUUAGUAAGGUACUACUUUACAUAUUGCUUGCUAAUUUGGCAGAACAUAAUGCUUACAAUUACUUUUGGAAAAAAAACCUGACAUAACAAUUAAAAAUGCUGAAAAUAAAACUUGCUUUGAAUCCUGUAAUAAUGAAGAAUGUAAGCAGAUUCUCAAAAACUAUAGUAAAUAAUAUGACUAAUAAUAAUUAUAAUAAUAAAAUAAUAUGGCGUUUCCACAUAUAUAAUUAGAUUAGUUUUCCCCUCCUAAACCUCCAAUUGUAAAAGGAAAUAUUCAUAAAAUUGGAACUUUUCUAGUUAAUAUAAAAAAAAGAUAUCUUGUUAUUAAUCCUGAUGAAGGCACACUAAUCAGAUAUAAAUCAUAAUAAAACUAUCCUUUAAAACCUAUUGAAGUUAUUCCUUUAAAAGAUAUUGUCCACAUAUAAAUGAUUACCAAAUCAUGGUUUAUGCCAAAUAAUUUUAGUUAUUUUGAAUUCAAUUAUCCUAAUAGACAAGUAUAUGGUUGCAAAUUCUAAUAAGCGGCUAAAAAAUGGGCUGAAUAUUUAUAUUUAGCAAGUGUAUAUUCGUAUUAUGUUGAAAGCAAAAAUUCUUUUGAUGCAUCCUAAAUAUAACAAAAUGAAACAAUUGAAUUAAAAGAUCAAGCCGAAUAAGAGCCUAUAAAAGGAAAAGUUGGUGGAAAUAUACAAGAAGGAGUGUAAAGUUUUGAAAAACAAUCAAAUUAAUAGCCUUAAUAAAUGUUAAAAUUUAAAAAAACUUCUUUUUUAUAAGUCUAGCCUCCUGUUCCUCCACAAGAACCUCCAUAAGAACGUAAUAUUACUGAAACUAUAAAUUUAAGUUAUGAAAGUAGUAACUAGUCAAACGAUAAAACGAUAAAUGAAAAUAAAUCAACAGUUGAUUCAAUAAAGGUAAAAAAUAAUUCAACAUCAACAACUAUUUCGUAAUAAGAAGAAGAAAAUGUAAAUUUGGGAAAUUUAUCAGAUGAAUCUGUUAAAUUUGAAUCUUUUAAAAUCUUAAAAUUAUUAGGAGCAGGUUCUUUUGGUAAAGUCUUAUUAGCAAAAAAAAAAGAUACCGGUCAAAUAUAUGCUAUAAAAGCCCUAAAAAAAAAACCAUUAAUAAUAAAAAAAUAAUUAAGAUAUGCAGUUACUGAAGCCAAUGUUUUAAAAAUGUGUAAUAAUCCAUUUGUUUUAGGACUACAUUAUGCUUUUUAAACUCCUAACUAUCUUUAUUUAGUUUUAGAUUAUUGUAAAGGAGGAGAUAUUUCAUCUCAUUUGGCAUAUAGACGCCGUUUUACAGAAGAAGAAUGUGUUUUUUACAUAGGAGAAUUAGUUUUGGCAAUAUAAUAUAUUCAUGAUUAAAAUGUUGUGUAUAGAGAUUUGAAACCUGAAAAUAUACUUAUUGGAAAUGAUGGCCAUAUAAAAUUAGCUGAUUUUGGUUUGUCAAAAGAUAAUGUAUAAGACAAUCAAAAAACAAAGUCUUUUUGUGGUACACCUGCUUAUUUAUCUCCUGAAAUGCUUAAUAAUAAAGGAGCUACUAAAGCAAGUGAUUUAUAUGGUAUAGGAGCAGUUUUAUAUGAAAUGCUUACGGGUGAUCCCCCUUAUUAUGAUGAUGAUAUUCCUACCAUGUAUAAAAAAAUAAAAGAAGGUAAUCUCCAUUACCCAUCUUUUGUAAGCUAGGCUGCAAGAAAUUUUGUAAAUGGAUUGCUUGAUAGAAAUCCUAAAACUAGACUUGGAGCCCAAAAUAAAGAUUAAAUAAGAAAAGAUCCCUUUUUUGAAGGAAUUGAUUGGGAUAAGCUACUCAAUAAAUAAUACAAACCGCCAAUAACGGAGUUCGAAAAUAGUGAUAAUGAAGAUGAAUUGGAGGAAAUAUAGGAUAAGAAACUUUUUAAAGAUAGUGAUUAUGAAGAUCAUAAUAAAUUGGUUAAUAGAGUUAGAUUAUUUAGUUUUAUAAGGAAAUGA